CCCUUGACGUCAGGGGAGGCUGAGCCUGCGGUCCGGCCGCGCCGUCAAAGCCGGGAGAGACUCACACGGAGAGAGCCGGUGGAUGCUGGAGCCAUCCCCGCCGCCGCCGCUCGACCUCGGGGCUGCCGGAGCAUGGACUGCUAAAAUCGCCUUUCUGCAGCGUGAGGUAAUAUUUUAACUCCAAUAUGGGAAAGCAAAACAGCAAACUACGCCCUGAAGUCAUGCAAGAUUUGCUAGAAAGCACAGACUUUACAGAACAUGAGAUCCAGGAGUGGUACAAAGGCUUCUUGAGAGACUGCCCAAGUGGACAUUUAUCUAUGGAGGAGUUUAAAAAAAUAUAUGGAAACUUUUUUCCUUACGGGGACGCUUCUAAGUUUGCAGAGCACGUAUUCCGCACUUUCGACGCCAACGGAGACGGGACAAUAGACUUCAGAGAAUUCAUCAUAGCCUUGAGCGUAACGUCGAGAGGAAAACUGGAGCAAAAGCUGAAGUGGGCAUUCAGCAUGUACGACCUUGAUGGCAAUGGCUACAUCAGUAAGUCAGAGAUGCUGGAAAUCGUGCAGGCAAUCUAUAAGAUGGUUUCUUCUGUAAUGAAGAUGCCAGAAGACGAGUCCACCCCAGAGAAGAGGACCGAGAAGAUCUUCCGCCAGAUGGACACCAACCGUGACGGAAAGCUCUCUCUGGAAGAGUUCAUCCGCGGCGCCAAGAGCGACCCGUCCAUAGUGCGGCUCCUGCAGUGUGAUCCCAGCAGUGCCGGGCAGUUCUGAACCUGCCCUUGGAUGAAUUAUGUACCUGCUUUUUUGGUUUUUUUUCCUUGCCAAACAACAUUCAUGGUAGUGUUGCCUCCGUAUGGCCAAUUAUGCCUUCAUUUGUGGCAUCUUAUAGCUUAUUUUGUUGUGGAUUAAUUAUAAGAAUGCUGAAUUGCUCUUAACAAUUUGUCCAGAGCACAGGCAGUACUGUUUUAAACAGAUAUUGUGGUGUUAUCAUUGUUUUUAAAUUUUCAUUUUGUUUUUGUUUGUUUGUUUGUUUGUUUGUUUGUAUCUGUUUUGGAAAGUACGUGUUGAGGAGGAGUAAACCAAGAACAAACCCCUUGGCAGCAAGACACACUGACAGAUUUUAGAUUGCUGCUUUAGUUGUUAGAUAUUCACCUGCAGGACCUGAAUGUGUAGUAAGGCUGAACCAAAGGGGUUGUGAUGGGUGGGGCAGGAUUCACCUGGAACCUCCUCUCCUGUCCAGGAGACACCAGUUAAGAUCAAAGACAGGACUGGGAAGAAGAAUGAAAGUGCAAAACGUGUGUGGAGUGUAUCAUCCACUCCUAUGCCUCGCUGUUUCAAUGCUGUGAACACUUUCCAGGUUGUGAAGGAGAAGGGACAAAAUGAAGGUUGACGUUUUUUUACUAGGUUUACAGUGGCUGAAGUCAUACGGCUUUAUCUGUAAAUUCAGCAAUUUGCAAUCCUGAUCUCCAAAUCCACAACUGACAAUACCUCUUGCCGUUUGGGAUCAGCAAAAGCAGACACAGACAUGAAAAGCUGGGUCUUGACAAUGAAUUUAAGGGAGAUACAUGUUGAAUGUGAAAUUUUCAGGUUAGUAAUAAAGCAGUUGCUACUAGGGAGAGUGGGCAUUCACGUGAGGAACUCGCAGACACCUGCAAGCAGCUCCAGCACAUCUGCUGCUCUGAAUGCUCUUGCACAGCAGGAAGUUUUGGGGGUGUUUUUGUUUCUCUCCGUGUAGCUAACAGAGUUUCUGGGCCUGCUCUUAGGGGAAGGCUGUCAUCAAAACUUGUUUUAAACGUAAAAUUGUAGCAUUUAUAUUUCAUUUAUUUUAGUAAAGUUCAAAAAAUCUGUACUGAAAUGAGGAAAUGGUACGCUAUAUGAUAUAUUUAUAUAUAUAAAAAUUAAAACAGAAAAAGAUCAGCUCUUGAGAGAAAUGUUGAAUGUUUAUCUUUCCGCCUAGGUGCAGGAGUUCUGAAAUUUGCUGCUGCAAAAUUUUAUCCUUGGGUCAAAGUUGCUGUAUACAAAGCUAGUACACACAUGUGGGAUUUCUUAGGGACUUUACAAGCGCUGUUGCAAAAGAAAAGCUGGAAAAGCUUUAGCAACAGAAGGCAUUAUGCUGACUAAAUUGGCAUUAAUCAGUCAUUAGCUGAAGUCUGCUUUGUGAUCCUGUUGGAGAGCUACCCAUGCAGGCAGGCACGGUGUUGGGAAUUCAUGAGCUCGUUAGAGCAACCUUUGUCUGACAGGCAAAGCUGGCAUUUUGUCAAGUGACCUUGUAGAUGCUAAUCCCCAGUAGCCUUAAUUUAAAAUAAACCAAGUAAAAGAAGUCUGCUUUGCAGAUGAUGAUUAGCUAAGUACUAAUUAGAAGUCAUGAAUAAGUAGUCGAGCAUAAAUAAUCUUCUGUGGUACACUAACUAGCAUGUACAAUAACUGACAGAAGCAAUCCUAUACUUAAUUUUUCUAUACUAUUUGCUUUGCCAGGUGUGAAGGGCAAAGCAUGCUAAUAGAAAAUAAAAGUAAAUUCAAAAUAACAUUGUUAAUCAGUUGUACUAAAAUUUUUACGAGUGGCUAAUGACACUCAAUAGAUGUCUUCAAGCACACAUCCUUGUCUCAAACAAUCACAAAAAUCCAAUUGAUGAUAUAUUUCUGUUACAUUCAUCAAAAUACUGAGCUGAGUGUAGGAAAAUAAGAAAGCAAAGGGGGCCCAACCACAGACACAAACAGAUUUUAAUACCCAGCACUUUCAGGUGUUGUGAGCAACACUGGCAAGUUUUGCACCAAUUCUUCUGGCUGAUGAAAAUGUUCCCUAUCUCCUUCUCUCAAAUCUUAAUUAGACACCAUGUGCACAAAUCUAACCCUUCGAAGGACAGCCUGCCUACCUUCUUCAAGGUAAUUUUCUGCUUUGUCUGGAGAGGUUCUGGCCCACUCUCCCAGGCCCAUCACCUCAUGGAUUUUGAAAGUCAUGUACUUCAGGGUUGUUUUUCAGCAGAAGAAGGCUGGCCAGACUGCUGGGGAUUGCUGAAGGAAGGUCAGUGGGCAUGGCCUGAUCAACACCCCCUCUGCCAGAUGGGAAUGACCAGUGCUGCUGCCCCAGCUGCUCCAGGGUGCUCCAUCACCCCCCUGUGGGGACAGGACAAGGUGACACCACAGGAUCCCUGCUGAACUUCCAACCUCCUGGCUCAGGCACCCACGUCCAAAGCAGCCCAGACCUGUGGAAGCUGGCAUUUACUGAAGGUGAACUCGGAUACCUCCUACUGUUCCAUCUUCUUAGUGCUGUGAAGGCAGUUGCAUGCGACCGAAGCUUUUAAAAUGUUCCCUUUUAGUUAAGUGACUGGAUACCACCUCUUUUUCAUUUUACAAGAUACUUCUGGCUCAGAACCUAGUCUCUCAGUUUGUUUUGCUCAGUAGUUUUGGGGUGUUGGGGCCAGCCUUGCCCCCUGUGUCACUCCCGCACAACGUGUUUGAAAGCACAACCUGUGCUGUGACCCCAGGCCAGCAGAGGUGUAAUGCUUCCCACAGUUCACAAAAUUUGGAAUAAUAAGAAUUAGCUUACAGCUGCAGAGGUCAUAGCUGCAGAUAAGGCUAUUGUAUAAACAUUUACAGAGUGAACUAAGGUUAUUCUUUUACCUGAGUGCCACUGAUGAUUGGUAUUAUUUUAAAUUAUUAACUAUCCCUUUCUUUCUCUGCCUCUACAUGUACUUAAAGAGUGAUUUGCAGCUGAGGUUGUGAUAGAAACAUCUGCAGACCUCAAAUCAGCAGGACAACAGUGGUGUGCUGUGCCUCAGAUUGAAAUUUUCUGCUUUGCUGUCAUUUGGAUAUGUAAUCAAAACUGCCUUCAAAAGCUUUUGAAGGCAAAGUGGUGUAUCCUGUAUAAAAUAGCACAGUAAGUCAGACUUCUGAGUGAUUCAUUAGCAAUAUCUCCACACAGCAAGGAUGGUACAUACUAUUUCAUGUAACUUCUCAAGUCUGUAGUGGCAUUCUCUAGUUUUACUUGCAUGUGCAAGAGGCAGCCCUCACUGUGUGUUGUCCAAAGGAAUUAAUGAGUACAUCUCACAUGUAGAACUGAACUCAUGGAAAAUGCCAGUCCUGUUUAUCUGACAUUCCCAGUCAGCUUGUCAAACUCUGGGCCAGAAAAUGUAGAGCAAGGACUAUGACUUGUGAGUUUUGCAGUAGCCUCUCUGUUUUAGGGUGCUUUGGGAAGGGAAAAGUAACACAACCCUUUUAAAACCAACACGUGUUCUUGGGAGCACUUAGAGUUUGAGAAGAACUGAAGAAACAUUUAUGUUUCAACAUUAUUUGAAGCCCUGUCAGUUCACAGUUCAAUGAUGUUCCUGAGGUACCCAGAGCUAUGCUGUUUCCUUGCAGUUCUUAGGAGUCUGUAGGAUUUUUAUCUUUUUCCAGGGCAUUCUGAACUUUGUUGUUCUGUGUUAUAAGGCAUGACCUCCACAUUUUCUGCUGCUUAAAACAGUAAGCCAGAAGUGUGUAAAUCCCGUAGCUGGGCGAGGUCUGUGUGCAGAAAUAUUGCACACCAGCACAGGAAGCAGUCACACAUGACCAAUCCCCGUGGUGUGGCCCCUGCCUCUGGGGAAUGAGCCCCAGGGCUUCUCUCUUCACUGAUGGCAGAGGGGCAGUAAUGCAGCUUGGCUUGAUUCUCUCCCGCUGCAGAUCAGGUUAAGGCGCAUUACCUUGCAUUUGCUGUGGGCAGAGCCUUGUCUCAGCUGACUCAUGGAAACUUGGUGAACCGUGGUAACUUGAUGAACUUGAUGUUGAGCCCUAAUCUGCAGACUAAGCUAAGAUGAGAAGAUGGCCUUGGCCAUAUGUCUCAGUCCAUGUGAACCAGAGAACACGGUGACCACUGGCAGGUCCCUGGGGACAUGUGGCAGUGACAAGGGAAUCUCCUGCCUGAGAACAAAUGCCCUGAGCUGAGCUGCCUCCUUCUUUCAAAACUCUCUCCUUUUUUAGCACCGCUGGUGUAAGAUGCAACAUGAUAGCAAUACAGCAGGUCAGGAUCAAGGAGGCAUCCUUCAAGUUUCCUUUUGCAGUUUAGCCUACAAGUGCCAAGUGAAACAAUCAGACAAGUCUGAUUGUUGGCUGGACAAGUCUUCCUGAACACCCAGUACACCAUCAGUACAUUCCAGUACACCAUCACCUCCUUUUGUCUUUCUCAUGGUGCUCCCUCGGUUUCCUGGCAUGGCAGCCCUUGGGCUCAGCAGUAAGAGGCUGGGUCCCUGCUGCAAGACUGGUGGAGAAGAAUAUUUCACCUGCCCCUUGAAGAAGUUUUUGGAUGUGUUCUUUUCUCUGUGUCUUGCUAAGCAGGAUCUCAUGUAGGAGUCUUAAAGUGGGAAAGUUGGUUCUCUUGGUAUCGCAGGCAGAACUUGUGCUCAGAAAUGCAGAGAAACUUGGCAAGUGCCGGAAAGUUGAGCAGUGCUCAGAGCUGCAUGCAGAGUUUUCCACUGAUUGUGCAGCAGGCAGAUGAGAUAAACAGCAGUGAUAUGUCAGACACAUCGUGUGAUGUGUGUCGAGAUAGGGCUUGACUAGAAAUGGCAUCUCCUGUGUGAGCAGCUCUGUCUGCUGCACAUUCUGUCAGAGGUGCUGACAAAAUACACUCUAAAAUUAAGCAGCAGAGCUGUUCACCGUACUCAGGCAGGCGUUGAACAAACAGCUCCCAGGAUGAGCAUAAGGUUUUCCUUAAGUGCAGCUGAGGACAAAACACUGCCUGUAGGAGUUUAUUCCCGGUCAUGGCAGAAGAGAAGGGAAAGCUCCGUUGAUUCGCAAAGCCCAGGUGUCAUUUUGAAGGCUGGGGACAGUGGAAUGACCAUCUGUGUUUUAAGCACAUAGAAAAGACAGCAUGGAAACCAGUGGCAUUAGAAAUCAGGCCCACUGCUGGGGGACUGCAGAAGCCAUUACCUGCCUCUGGCCUUCAGAGCAGUGGAACCAUCAGUUGGAUGUGAGUCAGGCUCCUUCGCCCUUGCAGAAACUAUCCCUGUCUGAUAGGGUAUCUAAACAGCAUCCUUUAUUCCAUCCUAGCUUUUGCUGUUGUUGUUUCCAAUUAUCCAUACUGAGGAGUUGUUUCUGGGGUGAGGAUUUUCACAGGAUAAGGUAUAAAGCUUUUCAGAUGUACUGUCCAUAUCUUAACAAGCUGGAAAGGCCAGGUGCGAGGGGCUUCUCAUUGUUUCACACAGGUUGUGUUAUUUUAAUGUGCAGCUGGGAUUAAGCUAUCACCUGUAAAACGCUGACUAAUGCUGACUAAUAAGCAAAGCAAAAAAAGAGCUUGAGUUGUAGUGAACAAUGUGAAAAGACUAAAGAAAUGAAAAACCAUAAAGACAUCCCUGCCUGUAGCCCAGGGUCUGAAUUUGCACAGUGAAGCCCUCUGAGCAGCAGCCAGCACAGAACAGCUCCUCUACUCCAGCCCAGUCAAUGGUACCUCCUGGGCUGCUUCAGUCCUGUGUGCUGAGGCUGGGGGCUCUGGGUCCUGCCACAGACAUGCUCAUCUGAGAUUGUUAGGCAGGCUGAGGGCUCCCUAGAUCUUGAGGCACACAACAGCCACCACUCUCUGCAUGGUAUUCACUUACUGUGCACCUGAGAGGUUUUAGAUCUUCCCCUCCUGCCCUGACCUUAUACCAAAGAUGUUCUCACCUUCCCAGGGCAUGUGCUCAGGGUGUCCAGCUCUCCAAGUCUUUGCAGCCACUUGCUAGUUGCCAUCCCCAGACACUGUGUGAACAAAUAACACCAGUCCUUGACACGUGGAGGAGCCAAACUUGAUGCACUUAAAUAGAACAACUUCUUACUUGGUUUCCCAUCUUUGGCCAACACUAUUUAUUUCCUGUUAUUAAGGAAUGGCAGUAUUAAACAUUUUAUGGGCACACUGAGCCUCUGAAACAAGACAGUUUUCAUUACUGUGUAGGUGUUUGUUGAGGCAGUGCAGACUAAAUCUGCUCUCCACUGCCUGGUACACUCCACAGAGAGCUGGUUUCAUCCAGGCUGGAGCAGCAUCCUCCUGUGCAUUCCCAUGCAGUGUGCAGUGCCCCAGUCCUGCAGGAGCACCCAGAUGCUGUGGACCAAGAGAUAAUUUUGGCAUAGUUACAUCAGGUGGAAACUCUUUCUCUGCCCUGUCAAAAACAAGUGUUGGGGGUGUGACCUCUGUUUUUCUCCUCCCUGGGGACAGGGGUUUCAGCAGUGUUCAGGGUUGGCCUCACGUUUCCCCACCAAAUGGGAUGACAGGAUGAUGGUGAUUAGCAAACCCACCUGAGAAAAUCCUCUUAGAUUCUAAACUUCAUCUGUGCUGCUCAUUUGCUGCACUUAGAGGGAAGAUUAAUGGGUCCAGUGUGGUGGUUUGGGGGAGAACUUGCAGUUCCUUGCCACCACUACGCUUUUAUUUCCUGUCAUUAUUCCCAUUUCCAGGGCAACCAAAUAGUUUUUGAUUAGUAUCUGGAAGAGAAAUAAAAAUCAAAUCCAGGGUUUCAAUCCAGUAAGGAUCUAAGGAAGGUUACUAAAGACAUCAUGCUUGAUGUUAGUCAUAUGACUGUUGCAGAAAACCAUGUUUCUUUGGUAUUUUGUAUUUUGUUUUCUUAUUCAUGUUUUAGGCAUGACUGUGGUUUAUUUAAUUACUUUGGAUCCUCUUAGAUUCAGCUCUGCUGGUCCUUCAGCUCUUAUGCAGAACUCCCAAUGAUCACAAGAGCAGAACUGACUGAGCAAUUGCUAGCAAGGUGGGCACACUGUGCCUGGUAAAAAUGAAGAGCUUAGUUACCUUAGGGAUAUUUUUUUGUCUGCACACUUGCUUCAAGGAGAAAAAUCGAGCUGCAUUUCAAUACGUUUAUCUCUUCCACUUGCUCACUUCAACUCCAUCCUAGCAGUCUUGUAGUUAACAUUUGUAUAUUCAGCACUAUUUUGAUCUUGAACCUGAAGUGACCAAUAUUGUCUUCCUCUGACAGUCUUAAUUUUUAAAUAUUGCUAAGUGAGUGAUGUGAUAGAUGGAAAAGCAAUUACAUAUUUGUGUGCUGGCUUUGGCUGUGAUAGAGUUAAUUUUCUUCACAGUAGCUAGGAUAAGGGUCAGUUUUGGAUUUGUGCUGGUUGACAACAGAGGGAUGUUUUCUUUAUUGCUGAGCAGUGCUCACAUGGUGUCAAGGGCUUUUCUGCUUCCCACCCCACGCCAUCAGCACGGGAGCCAGGGGUGCACAUGGAGGUGGGAUGGGACACAGCCAGGACAGCUGACCCCAACUGACCCCAGGAACACCCCCGACCAUGGUGUCAUGAUCAGCACAUAAAGAGGUAGGGGAAAGGAGGAGGAGGAGGGUGACACAUUCAGAGUGAUGUCAUUUGUCUUCCCAAGUCACCAUCAACUGUGAUGGAGCCCUGUUUUUCUGGGGAUGACUGAACACCUGCCUGCCCAUGGGAAUUGGUGAAUUAAUGCCUUGCUUUGCUUGUGCAUGGGGCUUUUGUGUUCCCGAUUAAACUGUCUUUAUCUCAACCCAUGGAUUUUCUCAAGUCCACCCUUCCAAUUCUCUUCUCCAUUUGUGGGACUUAGUUACUGUUUGGGAUUAAAUCACAACAAUUUGUUUAAUUUGGGCAGAUAUUUUUCAUGCUGUAGAAACUGAUAAAUUGAGAUAAAACAUGGCCAAGAGCUGAAUGGACCAAAGUGUCCGGUUCCUAUUUAAGUCUAUGACCAUUCCACAGGGAGAGCUUUCUCUGUUCCCUCAGGCUGUUGCCUCAUUGCAGCAUAGAGUAGACAUAACAAAUCGAACUUUUAAUGAUCUACUAUGAGCAGACUCACUGCAGCAGCAUGGAGUUCAGUAUAUACUGUGUCUUGGCAAAAUUAGAUACCUCUCUAGAUGAAUGCUUUGUAAGCAAACCUACAUAUCCUAAGAAAGACUUUUACUAUUCAGAAAGGAGAGGGACAACUAUGAAUUAAAUUAAUUUGGUCCGCAUAUUUUUUCUUACGGCUGUCUAGAAUUGCAAGUGUCCUGUGUAUUGUUGCCUGUAGCUGUUGUGAUGUGGUAAUUUCCCCCCCUGGUUCUGUUGUAAGCUCAUCUGGUGGUACCCUGAGUCUCUGCCAGGCAAAGCCCAUGAGAAGGACAUGAAGAGGUGAGCAGCUUUCAGGCACACCAGGGGCAGCUUUUGGGGAUGUGCCCUGUGCUGUUCCGUGCUUUGGGAGUCUGUAGCUACAGAGCAGCAUGUUAAACCUACCUGAUAAAAUGAAAGUAGAUGAUCAGGCCACCAAAGGAGAUGGAGAAUUUGGCAGAGUUGUGUAUGUUUUGUUCCCCCAGCACGUGCAUGGUUCCCCGAGCUAUUAACUUCCAGUUAGGACCUUUCCUGAGCUCUUAGUGUUAGAAUAAAGUUUUCUUAUGCUGAUAAUGUAUUUGUAUUAUGCAACAUACUCAGAAAACAGAAGAUUAUCUCUCUAUGACUGUCCUCUCCUCUCGAGAAGCUGUUCUCCCCUGUACAUAUGAUAUGCAGAAUGUAUGGGAGUCUUACCAGCGUCGGUUUGCAUUUUUAAGACUGUACUAAUUAAUGUGUGAUACUAUUGUGUUUUUGUAGUGGCAUCUUUGAUGUAAGAUGUAAAAACUAUUUAAUUUUUUUUUUGUUACUGUUCUGCUUUUAGAGAUAGCACCAAGGACUGCAUGUUCACUAGAAUCAGCCUUUUUCAGGGGCUGCCAUAGCUGCACGCAGGCACCGGCGUUUCACCCGGCACGUAGCACCUGCGUUCUUCUUUUAAUAGGGGUCAGUUUUGAGCGGAAACUAAUUCUUCCUGAAAAUCUAGUUUUGUCUUCCCCUCUCUCAGAUUCAAGCUUCCCCCUCCCACGCUGUGUGCCAGCCAGGAGCAGACCUGGGAGGAAUGUCUCCUGACUCGGGGCACCCUGCUGGCAUCAGGCUCUCUCACCCCACAGCUCCCCCAAUGCAUGCUCCUUGGAAUUUGGUUUUCCUUGGAACUGCUGGCUGUGCCAGCACAAAAACGGUGGACUCACAUUGCAAGACCAUUUUUGCAAAUGAAUUAAAUUAAUUAAGGAAUUAAGGAAAAUAAGAGUCUGAGCAGCAAUUUUAGGGUCAGAAUCUUAUUGGGGUGCUUAAUAUAGCAAGAACUUGGGGUCAGUCCCUAAAAGACAGGACCAUUUGAGUGGCUUAGGUCUACACUUCGCAUGACGUGGGGCUCAGAUCCAGCCUCUCAGGCGGGUUGACUUCCUAGACAGAAUGAGAUGUUUCUUCAGAUUGUGUCGUGGGCCAAAAGACAAGACAUGCUGCAGAUUAGGAGUUAUUUUUCUUUCAGGUUUUUUUUUUUCUUUCCUUUUAAUGGAGAAAGUUGUUCAAAAUGCACCUAGCAAAAUGACUGACUUCAAAAGCAUGUUUCUCCUUGUUAUACAGACACUCAAAAAGCAGCAUUGCUUGGCUAAAAAGGCACAUUUGUGACAGUUUCUUUCUGAGUGCCAAAAUAUGUAAGCAGUAUUGUUUGAAGGGAAAUAAAAAUUUUUUUACUGUAUUGUUAUUACUGUUGAACAAAUAUAUUGUUUUUAAAUGUUAGAUUUUGAAGACUUUUGUAUUGUAAAUUGUUUUGUGACACGGUGCUUUUUCAUACUGGAAUUACUGAUUGCACCUAAAUAUGAAUUAUUGCUUUCUUAUAUAAAUAUGUGACCUUGAACAAUCUUGAUGAAAACCAAUGUGUGGUGGAUACCAACAGUUCAAAAAAAAUCACCUACUGAAAUCCCCUAAAUGUUCUGUCCUACUAAUAAACAUUCUGCUGCAGCUA